GGCAAGAGAGACGACGAGAAACAAAAAUCAAUUCAAGAAUUAGGGGGGAGAGAGAGAGAGAGAGAGAGUGAAGGAUUCUAAGUUAGAACUUAGAGGAGGAGGAGGAGGAGGAGGAAGUUAGAGAGAGAAGCCAGCAGCAACGACAAGUGAUGAGAGAGAAAACCUGUCUCGUGAAGUCUUGUAGCCCAAAAAUAUAAUAAAAAAGAAAAUAAAAGAUCUCUUCUCCUUUCUUUCUUUCUCUCCCUGCAAAACCAAACAGGCUGCAGACACACACACACACCUCUCUCUCUCUCUCUCUAAACUCUCGCAUUCAUUCUUUGCUUCUUCCUUUUAUAUAUCACGAGAUCCCCCCAUCUCUUUCUUUUCUUUUUUUCUCUCAUGUCUUCUUCAAGGACAACAUUUUUGAGUUUGGGUUCCUUUCGUUUCCUUGUUCAAUCUCCAUUCGCUCACAUUUCUAACAUCGUCUGACUAAAACACAACAUCACAUACCCAGAAAGAGCGACACCAACAUAUUGAAGAUAUCCCUUUUUUUUUUGUUUUCUAUCUAAUACUGUUAUCAUUAAUUAAAAAAAUGAUGUCGCAUUCACCGAAACCCUCCAUUGGAGGAGGAAACUUAGACCUCAAUUCACUAACUGAUCAACUCCGUGACUCACUGUCUUCAUUCGAAGCCAACAAGCCUGAUUUCCGUGAACUCGAUCUGGGUUCACCAGUUUCACCUCUCCGAACUCGUGGUGGACUCAUCACUACAACCACCGCCACCGCCACCGCCGCCACCACCACCACCACCACCACCUCCUCCAGCUCCAGUUCCUCCGGAUCCGCAUCCGGUGCUCAAAACCCACUUCACAAACCCAACAAUAGCAACCACUCAGGCGAGUUAUCAAACUCGAGUGAGAGCAGCCCCACUGCUGGUGCCAAAAAGGGUCAACCGGGUCAUUCUAGAUCCGACUCUUUAACUUAUUCGGGUCAAAUUACCAGCCAGAGUGCUGUAAACUCUCCUGCAACAGGCAAUGUGUUACCUACCGGUAACAUUUGUCCGUCGGGCAGGAUCUUGAAGACAGGCAUGGGAAUGGCGAAUCGGAGUGCCAAAGCGGAUGUUUUAGGAUCCGGGACCGCAAAUUAUGGUCACGGGAGCAUAAUGCGGGGCGGAGGGAGCGCAAAAUGUGCUAACUUGGAUGUUGUUAAUUCGGCAAGUAGGAAUGCUUGGAGUGUGCGUGCAGGGAGUGUGGAUCCGGAGGAGGUGAAGAGGACUGGAAAUGAGAUGUAUAAAAAAGGGUGUUUUGGGGAGGCGUUAGGAUUGUAUGACAAGGCUAUUGCUUUGGCACCUGGGAAUGCUGCUUAUAGGAGUAACAGGGCGGCAGCGUUGAUGGGAUUAGGGAGAGUUGUGGAGGCGGUGAAAGAGUGCGAGGAGGCUGUUAGGUUGGAUCCUAAUUAUUGGAGAGCACAUCAGAGGUUGGGGGUUUUGUUAAUUAGGUUAGGACUGGUUGAGAGUGCCCGGAAGCACCUAUGCUUCCCUGGACAGCAUCCAGAUCCUGUCGAAUUGCAGAAGUUGCAAUUAGUAGAGAAACAUCUUAGCAAAUGUUCUGAUGCACGGAAGGUUAAUGAUUGGAAUGGUACGUUAAGGGAAGCAGAAGCUUCAAUUGCUGCUGGAGCAGACUAUUGCCCCCAGCUCUUUAUGUGUAGAGCUGAAGCACUUUUGAAGCUCCACCAAUUAGAAGAUGCUGAAUCAUGCUUAUUGAAAGUUCCAAAAUUAGAACCACAUGCCACCUGCUCGCAGGCUAGAUUUUUUGGGAUGCUUUCUGAAGCUUACCCGUUCUUGGUCCAAGCACAGAUCGAGAUGGCUCUAGGAAGGUUUGAGAAUGCAGUUGCAGCUGCUGAGAAAGCUGGACAGAUUGAUUCACGAAAUGUUGAAGUAGCAGUGCUGCUUAAAAAUGUGCGACUAGUAGCUAGAGCUCGUACCCGCGGCAAUGAUCUCUUCAAAUCGGAAAGGUUCACUGAAGCCUGUUCAGCAUAUGGGGAAGGCCUUAGGCUUGAUCCUUCAAACUCUGUUCUCUAUUGCAACAGGGCAGCAUGUUGGUUUAAGCUUGGAUCAUGGGAGAGAUCCAUUGAUGACUGCAAUCAAGCUUUACGAAUCCAACCUAACUACACAAAAGCCCUUCUUAGAAGAGCUGCCUCAAACAGCAAGUUAGAAAGGUGGGCUGAUGCCGUGAGAGAUUAUGAAGUUUUGAGAAGGGAACUUCCAGAUGACAAUGGAGUAGCUGAAUCUCUAUUUCAUGCUCAAGUUGCAUUGAAGAAAUCUCGUGGAGAAGAAGUGUAUAAUAUGAAGUUUGGCGGUGAAGUAGAGGAAGUGUUGGGGUUUGAACAGUUCAGAGCUGCAAUAUCAUUGCCUGGUGUUUCAGUGGUUCAUUUCAAAUCAUCCUCUAAUGUGCACUGCAAGCAGAUAUCUCCAUUUGUGGAUACAUUAUGUGGUCGGUAUCCAUCCAUAAACUUUCUCAAGGUGGACGUGGAGGAACAUCCAGCAAUUGCAAAUGCCGAGGAUGUGAGGAUUGUUCCAACAUUCAAGAUAUACAAAAAUGGCAACCGAGUGAAGGAGAUUGUCUGCCCAAGUCAUGAUGUGCUGGAACAUUCGGUGAGGCAUUACAGCUUUUAGAACUCGUGAUUGUACUUGUACUACUACUGCAACUCCCAAUUCUUACAUGAUGGGAAACUCUUCACUGCCCUUCCAAUCUUUUCCUCCCACAAUAUAAGGACUACCAGAUACCUACGACAUAAAUCAGAGCUACAUAAUAAUCCUAUUAGCGGCCAAUGCCAGAAAGAACCCAGAGGGAUAGCUUAGUUCGCCCUUUGCAGUUUUAAUUUAUUUAUUCAUUCCUCAUUGCUCUGCGGUUCCAUGUUCUCCCUCCCGUCUCUUUAUUGUUAUUCUUUUUCCUCAUCUUUUUGUCACCUUCGUUUUUCUUCUGUUGUAGACCAGCCUGUUCUUGAAUCCCCCAUUCCCUUUCAGAUGAAAAGAAAACAGAGAGAGAGAUAUGUGUACAAUUGAUUUAGAGAGAGAGAGAGAUGGCAGGCUGGUAGAGGAGGGUCUUGUACAUUUUAUGUGAUAUAAUACAGAGAUAUCGGAAGCCAUGAGUGAGAUUGGAUGCCUGGUGGGUACUUACUGGGUUAGUGAAAGAAGGAUGAAUAUGUUAUUUAUUAAUACUGUUGUUACUUAUGCCACCCAUUUUAUCAAUCAAUAAUUUCCCCCCCAUUGUUUC